GUCACUCUGACUGGCUCUCCAUUUUGUUUUCCACGACAGAUCAAUUUUUAGUACAUCAAAUUGCUUUUUUUUUAUCAACUACCGGAGCGUUUUUGUAAAUUUAAGUGUUUUAAAACCACCUUAGGAUCAUGGGACGCAAGAAGAAGAAGGCCUCCAAACCCUGGUGCUGGUACUGCAACCGUGAGUUCGAUGACGAAAAGAUCCUUGUGCAACACCAGAAGGCCAAACACUUCAAGUGCCACAUCUGCCACAAGAAGUUGUACACCGGACCCGGACUCUCAAUACACUGCAUGCAGGUGCACAAGGAGACGGUGGACAAGGUCCCCAACUCGAUGCCCAAUCGCUCAAAUAUUGAAAUCGAAAUCUUCGGCAUGGACGGCAUUCCCGCCGAGGAUCUCAGGGAUCACGAACGCCAAAAGAAUGGCGGAAAGUCGGAUUCAGACGAUGAUGAACCGGUGGCCAAAAAGAAAGUGGAGUAUGCCAUGAGCGUACCGCCGCCUAUGAUGAUGCCCCCAAAUAUGAUGCCUCCCCACAUGCUUGGCCAAUAUGGCAUGGGAAUGAUGCAGCACAUGCCGCCACUGCCUCCGUAUCCUGUGCCCAUGAUGCCGCACAUGAUGCCUCCGCGUCCUCUGUUUCCAGCCGCCAUGGCCACCACAUCAGCGGCAGCUGCUGCGGCGGCGGCGGCCCAUCAUCACCACGCUGCCGCCAUGGCUCAACAAAAGCCAACAUUUCCAGCGUACAGUAAUGCUACCAUAAGUGCUCCGCCUACCACCAAUCAUGCUGGUGGCGCAUCCAGUGCACCACCAAGUGGCCCGCCCGAUGCUCAGCAACACCAGCAGCGACCACCGGCUCCUCCGGCGGCAAGCGGAACUUCCGCUGCUGCUGUAACCACCAAGAUUAUGCAUCCGCAGGACGACCUAAGUGUGGAAGAGUUGCGCGCUCGCCAACCGAAAAUACAAGCACGGCUGGUUGCCGCUUUGGCUUCCCUGGCGAAUCCACAAAGUCGCAAGAGUCCCAGCAGCAAUGGUGGCGCCUCCACGUCGAUGCCCGCCACUCCGCCGCCUCCGUCUCUGGCCGGGAUCUCGCCCACGGGUAGCAAUAGCAGUAGUGGCAUGGCUAACUCGAUUGUCGUCUCCGCAGCCAUGUCAAAGGCCCAGGAAAACGCCGCUCUAGUAGCCGUGGCACAGGCACACGCACACGCACAUGCUGCCCAGGUACAGGCCCAAGCUCAAGCCCAGGCCGUAGUACAGGCUCAGGUGCAAGCCGCCCAUGUGGCACACGCUGUGGCAGCACAGCAGCAGGCGGUGCAGCAGCAACAGGCGGCGCAGCAGCAACAGCAGGCCGCGGUGCAACAGCAGGCAGCGGUGCAGCAGCAGCAACAGCAACAGGCGGCGGUGCAGCAACAGCAGGCAGCACAGCAGCAGGUCAAGCAACUGGAGGAACUGAAUCGGGCUGUGAUGCUCCAGCGCUUUCAGGCUGCCCGACAGCCCGGGAAUCCCGGUGCUGCUGCAGCGGCUGCGGCGGCCGCAGCCGUCGGCAUGAUGCCGCUCCCUGGGCACAUGCAGCUAAUGCAGCCGAUGCUAAGACCAGCGAUGGCCAUUGGACCCCAUGGGGCUCUCAUCGGCGGGAAUAUGCUUAGAGCCGGUGGCCCUGGACUGCACGGUAUGCCUGCAGGUCUACUGCCGAUGCAGAUAGGACUACCAGGAAUGCCGGGUGCCUUACCAGCAGGAGCGAUGGCGAUGCCUGGAAUGGGUGUGAUGCUGCAAGGACAUCCCAACAUGCUGCAAAUGAUGCAGCCGCGCUUUAGAUGAUGUCUGCCCGCAGCGCCGGGUCUGUUGCAGGCGCCAGCAGCCCAGCCGCCAACGCACCUGCAACCGCAGCCGCCUCCUCAGCACGUGCAGCCAGUCGGGUCUUUUUCCCGGACCACGGCCGCUCUGCAGGCUCAGGCACCACUGUUGAGCCUGCCGCUGCCACUGCUUUUCCAUGAGUGAGGCACGGAUCAUGCUUAUGAUUGCAAACGGCAAACAGCGCGCACUCAGCAAGCAAGUUGUUUUAUAAAUCCAACCAAAGUCAGUUUUUUUCAAUGUAUAACAGUUUUUGAGACACGGUACCCUAAACACACAUACACACUUCUUGGCCACACGCUACCCACUAA